AUGCCUUUGUACCAAGACGAAGAAGACAACGCCAUAUUCCAAGCCUUCGUGCAGGACUACACAACCAAGGUCAUCAGAUCCUGCAGACUAGAACGAGCCAGGGCCUCAUACAACGGGCUCUGUUUCUCUGACCAAACCCGCGGGUGGGCCUUCAGCGAGGACACUGAGAAUGCCAGCCUUGCUGUUGCCCGGGCUUGCUGCUGUGCGGCUGUAAGAAAAGAAUUACCCGGCAUGCAGACCGGCGAACUCGUCCAGUUCACCGGAACCGGGGGCAACGUUGGCUUCGCCUCAUCAGAAGCCCGCAUUGAGAGGGGAGACAGAAUCAUCGCCUUCCGUGAUUGCCAUGUCGGCUUCGUCGUCCGCUCGCUGCCUGGCUCCAGUUGCCUACAAAUCAUCAGCGUUGCUGAUGUCGAAACCGCGCCCCGCAGAAAACGCGACGUGGGUGAGCUUGAGGGCCAUCGCCCACCUCCGUUCUAUAGCCCGAUGGAAGACCCCGAAUGCGAAAAAGCCUAUGUGUUGAUGGACUUCCGGACUCUUCAACAGCUCACAGCAGGCGUGGAGUACUGA